AUGAUACACAUGUGGUUCUAAAUUUAAAGGAUGAAGAGGUGUCGUUGUGUGAAAAGCUUUCACCCUCCCCAGAUAUAACUGGUGGAGCAUGUCAGAUAUGUAAAAAAAAAGCCCGAGAAAAGUUCAAGGAAUUAAGCGAAGAAAAUUUGCUCCUGAUCAAUAAAAAUCAAGAACUUAUCCUUGAACUGCAUGUAAUGAAAGAAGCGAUGAGAGAACUGCAUUUAAAAUGCAAGAGGCUGGAAGACGACAGCUGUGCGCUGCAGGAAGCCGAGAAAGCGUCCUCUCAGGGAGUUGCUGAACCUGAAUUACUUUAUCUAAGGAAACAAGCUCAAGAAUUGGUGGAUGAAAACGACGGGUUGAAAAUGACCAUCCAUCGUUUGAAUGUAGAACUGAGUCGAUAUCAAACAAAAUUUAGGCAUUUGUCCAAGGAAGAGAGUUUAACUAUUGAAGGCCUCCCAUCAAAGGGCCCUAUACCACCCUGGUUGUUGGAUAUAAAGUACCUGUCUCCAUUGUUGUUGGCUUAUGAGGACAGAAUGAAAGAGAAGGAUGAGCUCAAUGCCACCCUCGAGGAGGAAAUGAGAAUGUUUAGGGUGCGAGUCCAAGAAGUGGUGAAAGAAAAUGAAGUGCUGCACCAGGAGUUAAAUAAGAGCAGUCCUGUAUCCUGUGAGGAAUGGCAAGUGGUGUUGCGUUUCUGGCACCAGCUUCAGGCUCAAGCAGAACUGGUUUUAGAGGAAAACAAGCUAUUGCUGGAGCAGUUGGAGGUCCAGCAAAGGAAAGCCACAGAGACCCAUGAGGAGCAUCGCCAAGAAGUCUCUAAGCUGAAUGAAAAGCUGACGCUGCUGGAAGCUACAACACAGACCCAGGAAAAGGAGCUCUGUGCCAGCAAGGAGCAGGUGGAGAUUUUACAAGCUCAAUGCCAGGAACUCAAAACACACCUGGAUGGCACAAUUGAUGCAGGAGUUCAUACACUGAUUGUAAAUAAAUUAAAGAG